AUGGAAAAUGAAAAUAAAGAAAAAAAUGAAAUAUCGCUGUUAGAAAUUAAACGAAAAGUUCAAACGGAGCAUGAAGCUUCAAAAGAUGAUAAUAAACAAAAAAAGUUUCGAAUUUUAAAUUAUACCCCAAAAGAUAGUUUUGUUGGAAAAAUUGAAAAAGAUUUUUUGGUUUACUUUUGUUUUUUAUGUGGAUAUAAUUGCUUAAUAAGUGAAAUUGAUAUAUAUAACUUGCCAACAAGAAAAACAGAUAAUUCAAUUAUAUAUCCAUAUAAAAAAAUUGUUCAUAAAAAAAAUCAUAAAGUACAAACAAAGAGAAUUUUAAUAAAUAGAAAAAAUGGAAUAGAAGCACAGUAUAGAAUAUUAUGCAAAGAAUGUGACGUACCAAUUGGAUAUAUCAGUAAUUUGAAUGACGAUAACUCAUAUAUUUAUUAUUAUAAUUAUUCCAUGUUAAAGGAUCAAACAAAAUGUAAAAUUUUUAUAGAUGUGUAA